ACCCUGGUGGAGCUCUUGAGAAUAGUGACAUUUCCCACAGCCAGCGAAGGCGGCACCUGAUUGCGUUCACCUGUGUGUAGCGGAAAGAUGGCGGGGUCGAAGAAAACUAGGGAGAUGAUGGAGUGUGUGAGCCACCAGCAGGUCCGCCAGUUGCUCCAUAACAAGUUCAUCGUGGUGCUGGGAGACUCCAUUCAGAGGUCUGUAUACAAGGACCUUGUUCUGCUGCUACAAAAGGAGAAAUAUCUAACCUUACAACAACUCAGGAGCAAGGGCGAGAUGAGCUUUGAAAUGGACUGCCUAGUAGAAGGUGGCUUUCUAAGCCAAUUGCACAAUGGAACAGAUUACAGAGAGGUCCGUCAGUUUCAGUCCGACCACCACCUGGUCCGCUUCUACUUUGUGACACGCAUCUUCUCUCGCUACAUGCAGAGCAUCCUAGAUGACUUCCACAAUGGCUUGAAACCAGAUGUAGUCAUUGUCAACUCCUGUGUUUGGGAUAUCUCAAGAUACAAGUCCAAUUGGGUUGAUGACUACAAAGAGAACUUGCGUACGUUCUUUAACAAGCUGAGUGGUAUCCUGCCUGAGGAAACCUUGGUCAUGUGGAGCCUCACUAUGCCUUUAGCAGAGAGAAUCAAAGGUGGUUUCCUGGUGCCUGAGAUUGAGCACAUUGCCCCCCACCUGCGUUAUGAUGUGAUCGAAGCUAACUUCUGCAGCGGGACUCUGGCUAACGCCUAUGGGAUAGACGUGUUGGACCUACACUACCAGUUCCGCUUUUCUCAGCAGCAUCGCACGAAGGAUGGAGUCCACUGGAAUGCACUUGCCCACCGCAGGAUAACCUCCCUGCUGUUACAGCACGCUGCACAGGCCUGGGGCGUCAACAUGCCCUGUCAACUGACCACUGUUGAACAUACUGAAGUUACUGUUCCUCAGCCAGUCUAUGGAAAGGCUUCCAACCCUGCAGGUACGACAUCAGGAGUGUGUCACGCAGGGUAUGCCCCUAACUACUGCUGCCCGGCUCCCACCAACUAUUUUUCCAGCAUUGAGAGAAAUUACCAAAGCUACAGGGAGGAGUUCAGCAAUAAUUCCCUCCCCUUACACUGCUACAACUUUGAGGACAACCACCAGCAGCAACGAACAUAUCGCCACAGGCCUGCCCUCCCACCACAGUUUCACAGAGAAUCUGUCCACAGACGCAAGUAUGACCAACAUGGACAGGGUGGAAAUGGUUUCCACUACAGACCUCACCACAGCCACGAUCGCUACAAUGAGCACCAUCAUCAGUAUGUGAUGAAGAGCCGACGCAGCAGACACCACUUUGCUCCAUACGCCCACCACAGACCAGAUCACUACCCCAGACAUGGCAGUUACUACUGAGCUGUUUAACAAGUAUUCAAAGUUCAAAGUGUUACCUUCAUCAUCCUGUAGGAUAUUAUUCCACAAGUCAGCAAUGUUCUCUGAACCAUACACAGGCUUUUAAGCAGCAGGAAGUGUUGAACCUCACUGCUCAUUUCACACUCAAUUUUAUCUAACCCAGCGAGUGUCCCUAUACGUAUACAGUACCUUUUUAUUUUAUCAUAUUGUAAAUUAGUUCUUUUAUCAGUUUGGUUUCAUGUAUGUUCUUCUGACAAAAAAUAGUUUUUUUAAAAGUAUUUUUCAUAUUUUUUUUUUACAUUCUGCACUUAAAAUGUAUAUGGUGAUUUGUUCUAUUAAAGCUGAAGCUAAGAUUUCCGAACAGCUUUUGGAUUA